AUUUGAAUCGCUAAUGUUACUGCGGAAGUGUUGAAAUGAUAGUAACAUCGAUGUUUCGUGGUAUUGCUUGCCGCUGCGAGCUUCAACUACUGCUAACUCCUCGUCGAAUGCUACGAAACUUUUCAAGUUUGGAGCAGAAGCAAAGUCCAAAAAUAGAGUCACUACCACCGGAAGAACGCGGCAAAUACAAAGUGGCGACUAUCCCUAAUGCAAUUUGUACAGCACGAAUCGCGGCGACUCCACUCAUCGGAUAUCUUGUUGUUCAACACAAUUUUACUCCUGCUUUCGUGCUUUUUACAGUCGCCGGAGCAACGGACUUGCUAGACGGCUUCAUCGCUCGCAACGUACCCGGUCAAAAAUCACUGCUUGGCUCCGUGCUUGAUCCUGUCGCUGAUAAACUUCUCAUUUCAACAAUGUUCAUCACAAUGACUUAUGCUGGGCUCAUUCCACUACCCCUCACGUCUGUUGUCAUUUUGCGUGACAUUUGUCUCAUUGGAGGUGGUUUUUAUAAACGGUAUCAAGUGAUGAGUCCACCAUAUUCCCUCAGUAGAUUCUUUAAUCCACAAGUAUCAUCUAUGCAAGUUGUACCAACAAUGAUGAGCAAGAUCAACACAGUACUUCAAAUAACACUUGUUGCACUUUCGCUCUCCUCUCCAGUUUUUGACUUCUCCACAGGUGCCAAUGAUGUCAUAGUUGGUCUCGGCUGUAUCACAGGAUUCACCACAAUCUACUCGGGACUACAGUAUGCCAGUGGGAAGGCCAUCAAAAAAAUUUAAUUAUUAUAUGUUUUCGCUAGACUGUGAUCCUCCUCGUUUGUCAAUCAUUUUUACACGAGAAUAUAUGAAUUUGUACUUA